AAAGCCCUGCCUGGACGUGCGCGGAGGCUGUGGCCGCAGGAAGGUGGCUGGAGCCGUGAGGACAGGAACGGUUGAGGGGGGGUCGCAAGCACAGCCUUGGGGCGCUGUCCCCCCUCCAGAUGCUCCCCUCCCGCCUCCUUCGCCAAGCCCUCCCUCGGCCAGCCCCCAGAUUUGGGUACUCGACAGCCGGUCCCACCAUGGAGGAGAAGCCGGUGGAGUCGUCCAUUCGCGCCAAGCUCCUGCAGGCCCUGCAGCCGGUGCACCUGGAAGUGCACAACGAGAGCUCCAUGCACGCCGUGCCCCGGGGCUCCGAGACCCACUUCAAGGUGGUGAUCGCCAGCCAGCGCUUCGCCGGCCUGCCCCUGCUCCAGCGCCACCGGCUGGUGAAUGAGAUCCUCCAGGCUGAGCUGGCCGGGCCCGUCCAUGCCCUCUCCAUCCAAGCCAAGACCCCCCAGCAGUGGGAAGAGAACCAGAGUGUGAGCCAGAGUCCGGGAUGCCUCGGGGGAUCCAAACACGACCCGCACAUGGCGACCAAACUGGGCAGCCAGGGGUGACCCUGAGGGACGGCGCUGGGGGGGGAGGGUUGGGUUAGCUCACUCCCCGGGGUGACCCUGACGCUCACAUUGUGACCACAUCCAGAGCCUUGCAAAGCCGCCUAGCGCUGGAAGUGGAAACAUUCACAGCCUGAAGUUGCACCACCAAUGCCAGGAGUCCACCAGGGUCAGCCCCAGACUCCGCCUGCUCCCUGCACUUGGCCGCGGGUUAUUGGUUUUUUCAGUCGGUCAUGUGAAAUACCCCUGGCUCCACUGCUAUCAUGGUAGCAGGAGGGUCCGGCUACCAGACCAGACUCCCGAUGGGCGCUAAUGCACGUGUUCAUGAUAAUUGUGUCUGCAAAGCUGGGUGAGAUUUGCGAAGCCUGAUUUUUAAUGGAGACUGGGUGCCCGAAAUCUCUCCAACGGCUUUAAAAAGCUCAGUGUCGUGCGUUUAAAGUGUGUGGGGGGGAGCCCUUGUGUUGUUAAUAAAGCUCUCAGCCGAGCAAAGAAUGGGUUCACGCUGGAAAGCAUUGAUGUCGUGUCUCUGGAUUUGGUUGACUCAGGUUGAGUUUGCAGCUGCAAAAUCUUCUUUAUUUCACUUGGGAAACUGAGACGUGCUGGUUUGGUUUUUACCCUGUUCGCAUCGUCCACAGCGACAAGGAUUCUGCAGAGCAGACCCUGCCCCUGAUGACCGGGAAUGCAAUUUGGGCCUGUCAUUGGAACAGAGUUAAUAGUUCUGUUGAGGAUGUUUGAGCCAGAAUAAACUCUGUCCCCCGCUCCUGUCUCUGGGCUGGCCCUGCAAGACUCAUAGAAGCCCUUUGGCUUGUGCUGGCUCUGCAGGGCUACUAAAAAUAUAUGUAAGGCCAAUGAGAGAGAAGUCAUUUCUGCCAUCAGCUAUGAGCUCUACAUCCAAACAGGCAGUAGAUGAAUAAUGAUAAUAAUUAAUACCUACCUGGGAUAUAGCAAGCAGUGCGUUUUCCUCAUUUCCUGCACGGAGGAAAACGGAAAUUAGGGGUUGAAAGAAUCUUCAUUUCUGCUUUGUUUCAGUGUUACUUUUCAUCAUUUCUGCUUUAUUUUGCAAUGUGUUCAGCUUGGGGCAAUGGAAAAUAGACUGGUCAGUUUU